GCCGAAGCUUCCUAGCCUCUGUAGCAAUUUGCAUACAGCUUCCACUUCCUGCUUCGGAGCCUGUUUGACUGCUUACCUGGGCCUGGAGAGGGUAGAGGGAGGCCUGGAGCUCACCUAGGUGGAGGGAGGAGAGAAGAGAACACGACCACCCUGUGGACUGGGUCUGUCUGUCUGUCUGUCUGUGGAAGUUCUGAGAAACUAGAAUGAGCCGAAGUAUUCCUGUGGAGGUUGAUGAAUCAGAACCAUACCCCAGUCAGUUGCUAAAACCCAGCUCCGAAUAUCCCUUGGAGGAGAAGUCAAAGCCACCUGCUCCAAACAGAAGACACAUGCCGCCCAGCAGCCUGUCUGCAGCCCAGUCCUCUCACUGUUCCUCAGGAGACACUCCUCAGGCUUCCCCGCCCCUGGAACUUCUAAAUUUCCAGCGGCCUGUGUCCCAGCAGGUCACCUGCCUACGAGCAAAAGUCCUGGAGGAGAGUGAAGAGAGCUUCUGGAGGAGGCACCCGGACCCUGGCAAAGAUUUCCCCUCAGCCUUCUCUGCAGCCAGCCAGCCUGAGCUUGGCUCUGCGUUUGGAGUCCUCCCCACAGAGCAUCCGUUUUCAUUUAUGGAAAAACACAAUCAAUGGCUGGGAUCUCAGCUUUCAGCAGCUUCUCCUGACACUGGCCAUGACUCUGACAAAUCAGACCGAAGUUUACUUAAUGCCUCAGCAGAGGCUUCUGGCAAUAGCCCAGAGAGGGCACAGCGGCCUCAGCCCCCCAGGAACCGAGCAUCAGAUCUGCCCACAACAGACACGGGCUAUGAUUCCAAGCCCCAGGACGUCCUGGGCAUCAGGCAGCUGGAAAGGCCCCUGCCCCUCACCUCUGUGUGUUACUCCCAGGAUCUCCCUGGGCCUCUAAGGUCCAGGGAAUUCCAUCAGUAUGAACCUCAGCUGUAUCCGGCGUGUGCACAGAUGCUGCCUCCCAACCCUUCCCCACAUGCUCAGUGGAAUUAUCAUUACCAUUGUCCUGGAGGUCCCAAUCACCAGGUGCCAUAUGGCCAAGACUACCCCCGAGCAGCCUACCAGCAAGUAAUCCAGCCCGCUCUUCCUGGGCAGCACCUGCCUGGGGUCGGUAUGAGAGGUCUGCCUCCUGUGCAGAAGGUGGUCCUGAACUGUCCCAGCCCCUGGGGCCAAGAAGAGAGGCUGGCACAGGGAGACUACGCCCCAGGAAUCCCUGAGUACCAGGACCAGCAGUAUAACCAGCCACCGAAAAGAGCCGGAGUGCCUGAGGAGUCCUCGGAGCGUCCUGCAGAGCUGAGGCCACAAGGUCACCAGGCUCCUUCUCCAGCUGCUAUUCCGAGACCCCCUAGUAACCCUCUAGCCAGAGGAACUCUGAAAACGAGCAAUUUGCCAGAAGAGUUGCGGAAAGUUUUUAUCACUUAUUCGAUGGACACAGCUGUGGAGAUGGUGAAAUUCGUGAACUUUCUGUUGGUAAAUGGCUUCCAAACAGCAAUUGACAUAUUUGAGGACAGAAUCCGAGGCAUUGAUAUCAUUAAGUGGAUGGAACGCUACCUCAGGGAUAAGACAGUGAUGAUCAUUGUAGCAAUCAGCCCCAAGUACAAACAGGAUGUGGAGGGCACGGAGUCGCAGCAGGACGAGGACGAGCAUGGCUUACAUACCAAGUACAUUCACCGAAUGAUGCAGAUCGAGUUCAUAAAACAAGGAAGCAUGAACUUCAGAUUCAUCCCCGUACUCUUCCCAAAUGCUAAGAAGGAACAUGUGCCCACCUGGCUUCAGAACACUCAUGUGUACAGCUGGCCCAAGAAUAAAAAGAACAUUCUGUUGCGGCUGCUCAGGGAGGAGGAGUACGUGGCCCCGCCCCUGGGACCUCUGCCCACCCUCCAGGUGGUGCCCUUAUGACCCUGCCAUCCUCUCUCCAUCACGGAGGUGGUGCCAGGACCUGGGCCUGUUCUGACAAGCAUCCUUUUAGCUGCCACCCGUUGGCAGCAUUCAUAGCUAUUUGCUCUCAGUACCUCUGUUUCAUUGGGGAAACUGACGAUCCUUCCUAGCCGACUGAAUCCACAUGGAUCCCAGUCACUUUCAAAGCCAGCAACAAGCAGCUCCUGACAGCUUUCAACCUGACACUGUUGACUGGCUAUGGAAGAAGGGCAAAUGCUAGAAGAAGAAAGUGCCUCUGUGAGGGUCCUUUGAGCCCAGAAAACCUGUCCUGAAGAGCUUUCUUUUUCCUGAGGCCUGCCAAGCCCUGUCUGUGAAACAGGUGGCUAUAGCCGCUCUAAUCUCCCUGCCUCUGCAACCCACCGCUUGUCUCGCCUCACCACCCCGAGGUGCACAUUCUGGGCCCUGAGUGCUUCACAAGUGGGAGAUCCAAGCUGUGUCACAAUCGCUGUAAACAGCCACAAGUCCUCCACCCCCCUCCUCACCUCAUUGUACUUUUAUGAGUCAGCCAGAUGCUUGUGUGUCCUCAGACCAAAACAGAUUCAUGUACAAAUAAUAAAAUGUGGACUUUUGUAA